AUGUUUUGUGUUGCAGAUAAAAAUACAGUGUUUAAAGAAAUAUUGAGAAUGGACAAGAACAAAAGUUCCACACUGAGUCUAAAGGAUGUUCUAAGUCUUGGGCAGGAGAGUGAAGAGACAAUUCAGUGCCAGAAUGUUCAAGAUGUACCAUCUUUUCUAAAGAAGCUCAUGUCCUUUAGCACAAAUGCAAGGAUAACAACCCUACAUGACAAUAAUUGCUCAGACACAGAUUGUGAAGAUUUAGAUAUUUCUUUAGCUUCUCAAAAUUACACUAAACUGGAUUCAACCCAUGCUUUGGAUGUUCUCUGUGCUCUCCUGCAUUGUUCGGACCCUUGUCUACAGCAGGAAAUUCUACUGAAAAUGUCUUUGUGCCAAUAUGCUGUCCCUCUGCUGCUCCCUCCUGGUGAUGGCACAGACUGCACCUUCAUGCUGUGGGCAAUGAGAGACAUUGUGAAGAGGUGGAGACCUCAAUCAUCACAGGACAAUAAAGGGUUUAAGGAGGAUAAAGUGGUGAACAUAUCAAUGCCAGUUUUCUCUUUUGUAAGACUAGGGAAAUGCAGAACUUCAAAGUCUCGCAUUCUCAAUCUUAUUCUCAGCCCGGCUCAACAGGUGCAAGACUUUUUCCUGCACAGAGAAAUGGAAACUGGGAAUGUUUCACGUAAAAUCUCAGAUGGAUUGGUGGAAAUAUGUUGGUAUUUUCCUGGCAGCAACUUAAAAUCAGACACGAUCAAACAACCCUUUGCAGUAACAAAUAUGAGAGGAGAUUUGGGGUCUGGUGAGAAGCAGUUCAGAUUUUUAAGCCACAUAUCAUCAGCAGUGUUCAUAUUCACAGAGAGUGUUGGGGAGAGAGAGUGUGAACUUUUUGCAAAAUCCAAUGACUUGGAUAAUACUUAUAUUAUUAUAGAUCCUUCUUCACAAACCUCUGGUGACAUAAUAAAGAAGUACAAGGAACUGCUACAAACAGAACUGAAAGUAGAUGGAAGGAAAAUUUGGGUAAGAAAAAGAUCAUCCAAUGAUGCCACACUGGUAAGAGCUUUAAAGAAUACGAUUGCAGAUCAUAUCAACAAAAACAGUGAUAACAUGAAUCUACAGCAAAUAUCACAAAGAUUUAAUAUUCAUGUUGAUGAAAAUUACAAAGAUCUUCAAGCAGCAAAGAAACGGGCCGAUGAGAUUGGCACCAAUAUAAAGGACAUUGUUGAAUAUAAGAAUGAAACAAUGAAACUGCAGGGGGAACUCUGGAAAGAACUGUCCAAAACAGAGAAAGAAAUGUGUAGAAUGAGAGACCAGGGCAGUGAGAAUGCAGAAGAUUACAUAGACAAACUAAGGCAACAAUGCUCUUCACUCCGCAAGAGGCAAAAUGCUCAUCCUUUCCCUGAAGCCAUGGAACAGUUCAGAAAAGCAGUCACUGAGUUAACUCAGGUUGAAAGACAGUGUUUUUUGAAGUUUACAAAAUUCAGUCUUGACUCAGUUGCUAGAGAAAAUCUCUGUAAACUGCAGGCGGAGUACAAGGAGACAUUUGACAACUAUGGAGCUGAUGUGGAGAAAUUAAAGCAAAUAGAUCAGAGAAUAUCAGACAGCUCCUUAGGCAUUGAACACUUUUUGAGAGAACUGGGACAGUUUUAUGAAGCUAAAUAUGUUGUGGAGAAUGGCAGUAACAUGGAAGAAAAAUUUAGCAAACUCCCAGGAAUCGCUGCUGAUCUUCUGCUGGAUGGUUUCCCAUUGGAGCUGAUAGAUGGAGAUGCCUCCAACAUCCCCCUGCAGUGGGUUUCUGAUGUUCUGAGUGAGCUGGACACCAAGACAGGAGGGAAAUGCAGAAUGAGAGUAAUCACAGUGCUGGGAGUGCAGAGCACAGGGAAAUCCACCCUCCUGAACACCAUGUUUGGCUUGCAGUUCCCUGUGGCCAGUGGACGAUGCACUCGGGGAGCCUUCAUGACACUGAUUAACGUGCAAAUAAACUUCCAAAUGGAAUUAGGCUGUGAAUUUAUCCUAGUGAUUGACACAGAAGGUUUGAAGUCUCCUGAACUGGCUUCUCUGGAGGACAGCUAUGAACAUGACAAUGAGAUGGCAACUCUAGUUGUUGGGUUGAGUGAUAUCACAAUAAUCAACAUGGCCAUGGAGAAUACAGCAGAAAUGAAAGAUAUUCUGCAGUUAGUGAUACAUGCUUUCCUUCGGAUGAAACAAAUAGGCAAGAAGCACAACUGCCAGUUUGUCCACCAAAAUGUCAGUGAUGUUUCCGCUCAUGAGAAGAACCUGAGGGACAGACAGAAGCUCUUGCAGCAGUUGGAUAAAAUGACAGAAGUUGCAGCAAAAAUGGAGAAAAAAAGCCAUAUAAAGAUGUUUUCAGAUAUUAUUGAUUAUAACCUUGAAGAACAUACUUGGUAUAUCCCUGGCUUGUGGUAUGGUGUCCCACCCAUGGCUUCAGUUAAUGCUGGUUACAGUGAUGGUGUGAAUGAACUGAAGAAAUAUUUGAUUUCAUAUAUAAAAAAGAUGAAUGUGAAGGCUCAGACUAUCCCAGAAUUUACAGAGUGGAUAAAAAGCCUGUGGAAUGCUGUGAAACAUGAGAAAUUUAUCUUUAGCUUCAGGAAUAGCUUAGUUUCCGAAGCCUAUAACCAACUGUGUGUGCAUUAUACAGGCUGGGAAUGGAGCUUCCAGAAGGCAACUUAUACCUGGUUUAAUGAGACAGAAACUUUUAUCAGGAAUCUACCAGCAGACAAACUGGAUUCAGAAAGGAGAAACAUUAUUAUGCAAGAAAUGAAACAGAUAUUGGGAAUAGAAGAGAGAACCAUGUCACAGUCGCUAGAGGAAUAUUUUAUCAGUGGUUGUGACAAUGUUCAUCUCUUGGAACCAUUUAGAUCUGAUUUCUUCCGCAGUGUGAAAUAUCUCAGGAAGACACAGGAAUCAUCUUUAGCUAAAAAGUGUGAAGAUGCAAUACGCCUACAAAAGGACAGGUGCAAAGUCCAACAAAUACAGGGAAAAUUCCUCCAGGUUAUAGAACACCAUGUAAAAGCGAUUAUUGAGAAAAGAAGGAAUAAUUGGUAUGAAUUGGAUGAUAAUAUGUUGAAGAUGGCAUUUGAAAACAUUUGGGAGAAUACACUACAGGACUUGCAUAUGCAAACAGUAAGGAAGAAGAACAUAAGCCAAGAAAUUCUACAUUAUCUGCAAAGUGUAUAUGGCUCAGCCAAAACAAUAAGCUUAUAUUCUGAUGACCACUGUUUGAAAGCUGAUUAUAAUGACCCUAUAAUAAACAAAUGCCACAAUUAUAUUACAGAAAUAAUGAACACUAAAGAGAACUAUGAUGUGACAUACUGCCAUGAUCUCCUCAAAAUGAUAAUGGUAGAACAUAACGAGAAAUCUGUACAUACUGAUUGUUUACCUCCAUUGGACCUGGUGGUUUUUAUUUUUAAAGAAGCUGCCAAAAAAUUCCAGAUCCUGCACAAUCAGUAUAUUGAAUAUAAUGACCCUACUUGUUCCCUAGAAAACCUCAAACACCAUUACUUUUCCUUGUUUGAGAGCGUGUACAAACAAAUGGAUGAGUGUGAGAAAAGAGCUAAAUAUUUCUGUGAGGUUUGCCUGAAGCCGGCCAUCGUCCAACACAUUCAGAACAAUAUAGGGAAGGAGCUGUUGGAUUAUUUUCUACAAAAAGCAGAAUUCAGGAGUCGAAAAUCUUUUCACUUCUGUGUCCUUGUCCAGCUUCUGAAAGAGAACUCUUUUGAGAAAUACAACGAAUACAUUAAUAACUAUGAGAGUUUCACCCGACAAUUAAUUUUAGAUUGCGUAAAGCAGCAAUACCAGAAGUUGAAGAACAGCAGUGAUUUUUAUAUUAGAGUCCUUGAUUCCAUUAUGCAGAAAGUCAAACAUGCUUGUUCUAAAUCAGCAGGGCAAGCGUGGACUAUUUCAGUUUUUUUAGAAGCUUUUUGCAGACAGUUGAAUAAAGAACUGGUCAUCUCACAAAAUAAUUUGAAAUUGAUCGUUUUUGAAAACGAAGUUAAUGUUUCUGACUUUUUAAAUUAUGUUGAGAUCUUUUUAGGAGAUACUGGAAAUCAAGUUAAAGCAGAAAUGAGAGAAUGUGAUGUUGAGUCCUUGCUCUCCAACAUUACUCUGAAGCCUCAGGAUGAAUUGUAUAAGAAGGUCAUUGGAUGUGGGAAGCAGUGUCCUUUCUGCAAAGUGCCGUGUGAGGCUGGAACUGAUGACCAUCCAGAGCACUUUGCUUCUAUCCACCGGCCAAUGGGUCUUGCACAGUCAAGAAAAGAUGGUUCAAACGUUCUAGAUCAUUCUAUCUGUUCCACCGCCAUUGUCGGUAAUAGAAGUUUCAGUUCUGAAGACACAAGAUGGAACCCUCAUCCUUAUAAAGAUUACCGUAACUAUUACCCAAACUGGAAUAUCCACCCUGAGGAUGGCAAUAAAGGAACAGAUUACUGGAAAUUUGUCUUGAAACAGUAUAACAAUAAGUUUGCACGUGUGCAUGGGACACAACCAGCUGUACUCCCAGAAGACUGGCAGAGCAUAUCUCAAGAGCAAGCUCUACAAAGUAUAAAGAAGUCUUUUAAUAUCAAAUAACUUAAUU